CGCGGGUCCCGCGCCGCCUCCCGGCCGCAGCCCCAGGCCGGCAGCCGCCGCCCGGCCUUGCAGUUUUCCCCGCCUCCUGGCCCGCGGGGAGGGACAGACCCGCCCUCCGCCGAGAGUGAGCGGCGCCCCGGCCGCCGUCCGGGCGCGCGCAGCCAGCGGGCGCGACUAUGCCAAGAUGGUCCUGCAGGCGCGGAACAAGCACCGCGACGCGGCCCCCAAGCCGCCCCGCGCCUCGCCAUCGCCGCUGAGGGGGGCGCUGGGCGCCGGGGACCCGGGGCCCGAGCGCGUGCCCCCGUCUCCCGGCCGCAAGGGCGCCGCGGGCAGGAAGGGGCCCCGCGCGGAGUCUGCCUCACUGCCCUCCGGGGGCGGCCUGGGGGGGCGCCUGGCGGCCGGGCUGCGCGGGGCGCUGGGCCUGCGGCGCGCGGGGCGCGGCCGAACCUGGACCACGCUCCUGUUAGCUGCCUUUGCUGCGGUAUUGCACUGGAGCCACAUCACACACCUGUUUGAAAACGACCGUCACUUCUCCCACCUCUCGACCCUGGAAAGGGAGAUGGCGUUUCGCACCGAAAUGGGAUUAUAUUAUUCCUACUUCAAGACUAUUGUGGAGGCACCUUCCUUCUUGAACGGAGUAUGGAUGAUUAUGAAUGACAAGCUGACCGAGUACCCUCUUGUCAUUAACACAUUAAAAAGGUUCAAUCUCUACCCUGAGGUAAUUUUAGCCAGCUGGUAUCGAAUUUAUACCAAAAUAAUGGACUUGAUUGGCAUUCAAACCAAGAUAUGUUGGACGGUGACCAGAGGAGAAGGACUCAGCCCUAUCGAAAGCUGCGAAGGAUUGGGAGAUCCUGCUUGCUUUUAUGUUGCUGUCAUUUUUAUUUUAAAUGGACUGAUGAUGGCAUUGUUCUUCAUUUAUGGCACAUAUUUAAGCGGCAGCCGCUUGGGAGGCCUGGUCACCGUGCUGUGCUUCUUCUUCAACCAUGGGGAGUGCACCCGCGUGAUGUGGACGCCGCCUCUCCGAGAAAGCUUCUCCUACCCGUUCCUCGUGCUGCAGAUGUUGCUCGUCACUCACAUUCUCAGGGCCACGAAACUUUACAGAGGCAGCUUGGCCGCCCUGUGUGUUUCCAACGUGUUCUUCAUGCUCCCGUGGCAGUUCGCUCAGUUCGCGCUUCUCACCCAGAUUGCAUCAUUAUUCACAGUGUAUGUCGUGGGAUACAUUGACAUAUGCAAAUUACGGAAGAUCAUUUAUAUACAUAUGAUUUCUCUUGCACUUUGUUUUGUUUUGAUGUUUGGAAACUCAAUGUUAUUAACUUCUUAUUAUGCUUCCUCUUUGGUGAUUAUUUGGGGUGUACUGGCAAUGAAACCACAUUUCCUGAAAAUAAAUGUAUCUGAACUUAGUUUAUGGGUUAUCCAAGGAUGUUGUUGGUUAUUUGGAACUGUCAUUCUCAAGUAUUUGACAUCUAAACUCUUUGGCAUUGCAGAUGAUGCUCAUAUUGGCAACUUAUUAACAUCAAAAUUCUUCAGUUACAAGGAUUUUGAUACUUUAUUGUAUACUUGUGCAGCAGAGUUCGACUUCAUGGAAAAGGAGACUCCCCUGAGGUACACGAAGACUUUGCUGCUUCCAGUGGUUCUCGUCGUGUUCAUCUCGAUCUUCAGAAAGAUUAUUAGUGACAUGUGGGGUGUCUUAACUAAACAGCAGACACAUAUAAGGAAACACCAGUUUGAUCACGGAGAGCUGGUCUAUCAUGCCUUGCAGCUGGUGGCGUACACGGUGCUGGGCGUCCUCAUCAUGAGGCUGAAGCUCUUUCUGACGCCGCACAUGUGUGUGAUGGCGUCUCUGAUUUGCUCGAGGCAGCUGUUUGGAUGGCUCUUUUGCAAAGUGCAUCCUGGUGCUGUUGUUUUUGCUCUGUUAGCAGCGAUGUCAAUACAAGGUUCAGCAAAUCUGCAAACCCAGUGGAAUAUUGUAGGGGAAUUCAGCAAUUUUCCACAAGAAGAACUUAUAGAGUGGAUCAAAUAUAGUACUAAACCAGACGCAGUGUUUGCGGGGGCCAUGCCCACCAUGGCGAGUGUGAAACUGUCCGCACUUCGGCCCGUUGUGAAUCACCCACAUUAUGAAGAUGCCGGUUUGAGAGCCAGAACGAAAAUCGUGUACUCAAUGUACAGCCGGAAGGCAGCUGAGGAAGUGAAGCGGGAGCUGGUGAAGUUGCAGGUGAACUACUACAUCCUGGAGGAGUCCUGGUGCGUGCGCAGGUCCAAGCCCGGCUGCAGCAUGCCUGAGAUCUGGGACGUGGAAGACCCCGCGAACGCCGGCAAGCCUCCCCUGUGCAACCUCCUGGUGAAGGAGUCCGAGCCUCACUUCACCACGGUGUUCCAGAACAGUGUUUACAAAGUCCUGGAGGUCAUAGAAGAAUGACUCCUGCCCCGGAGAGGACAGCGGUGGUGGUUGUGAUGUUCUGCUAACAACUCAUGCCUUGUUUUUAAAUCGGAUCCCCAAAACUUUUAUAGGUGACUGUUUUCAAGUCGAAAAUGUUUUACUUGGUCAAUUUGAAUGUCAUUCUGAUUGUAAAAAUAUGUAUACCGUUAUCAGUCGGGUACUAUUUCAAUGCACCCCUUAAAAUUUGCUAUGCAAAUGAGUAUAUGCUUGUAUUUGACUUAAGUAUUUGUGCUAAAAGGAGCAAAGCUAUCUGCCUCCCAAACACAAUGGGCUGUGAGAGGAUGACGUGAAGGCGCGGUCGAUUCUGAAGUGGGAAGGGGCUAAUUUUACAGUGUGUGGGCUGUUAACGCCCCUGCUUUUGCCCCCGCUCUUGUCUGUGGGGCAUUCUGCUGAUUACUAUGGGCUCCUCGGUCACAUUGGGCCCUGUCGUCGGGAGCAGGUGGGGCCGGCAAGGGUGUGUGCUCUGUGGAAUCUUCUGUUUAUUUCCCUCUGUGUUCUUUUUGUUCUCUGUUGUUCUUGUUAAUGACAGAACAUGCUCGUCAUCCACCCCGACUCUUGGCCUAGAGGUCGGGUGGAGCUCCUGUAGGACCAGCGCUGUGGUGUUAGCGAGACAUCUCUCUCCUCUCUGCCCCUCCCUCUCCCAACAUCUUUGUCCAAUAAGUGGUAUUUACUCAUCUAGUUUCUUGUAUCAAGUACUUUUUCUUGGUUAAAAAAUAUUAAUGGCAAUUGUGUAUUUUCUCAUUCUUAGUAUUAUUCAAAAGUGUAUAUUUUAAUACCUUUAAACCACUUUUAAAACUUUUCAUGUUUAAUUAUAGUUUUAAGAAAAACUAUUUUGAACAACCUCAAAUGCAGUGCAUCCAGAAACUAACAUAUAUUUCUGUAGACAUACUGUACUGUGGAACAAUAGACUGUAGUGCGUGGUAAUUUUUCUCUUACUAUUAAGAUACAAUAAAACAUAACUAAUUUUUCUGUCAGAAAGUAAGUGAACAAUGAUAAGUGAGUAGAGUUUUUAUAUUUUUCUUUUUAAAUUGCCUGUCUUUAACAAGACAAAGCCUUAAGCCUUAGAGUUUUGGUUCUAAAAACCAUUGCAGUAUGAGGAUGAAUAUAUUCAGCCUUCUUCUUUGUUCUUUUCCUAUUUAUUUUUAUUUGGAAAAACUUCUGAACCUGCUUUGAAUUCCUAGCAUGAAUUUUUGUUUUUUUAGAAGUUAAUUUGUGUGAAAUGAGAUUUUUAAAAAACAGCGAAUCCCUUAUAUCUCUGAGAAAUGGUUUUGGGGUUUUAAAUUCUUCCAAGCAAACCCUGCCUCGGGUGGACCACCCAUUCAAUUACACGGUGUUCUCGUGAGGCGCCACAGGCAGGCCCCCCUCCCAGCAGAUUGUCCUGGACACCCAGUCCUCAGGCCUGGCUCCUGCCUCUACCAGAGCACUGGACGGGUCUGCCCCGGGGGGCAGCUCCAGCCCAGGGUGGGCAGGUCCCUGCCCUGCCCCGCCCGCCAGCCAGCUCCCAAAUUCUCUUCAGUGUCCUCGGGUGCCAUGCCAUCCCCCCCUUCUCGUUUGCUGGGUGACUUAUUUCUUGGGUUUUUGCCACUUGCAGAAAACAGGGAAGUAGCCAGGAGCUGUGGAUUAGGAGUGGCAUUUGAGCCGUGAUGCAGCAAUCCAGAAAAGUGGGAAGAGGGCACCUGAGGCCCUGGAGACCGGCCUCGUGGGCGGAAGGAGGGGACGUGCUGGGCUCUGUCUGCAGCUAGUUCUCACCCAGGUGUGGCUCCGGUGUCUGUGCAGCAGCUACUGUUUUUAGAUGGCACUUCCAAAGUUGUGCUCUGUUCUUCCUGCCCACUGGUAAUUCCCUUCCUAGUAGAGUUCACGUGUGAAGGUUAGAAUUCAGUACAGGAAAAACUUUGAAAAACUAUUAGAACGGUUUCCUGUGCUGGAAAGGGUAGAACCUGUCGAGCUGAUUUUGUGUCUGAAGACCACUUGUGACCAUAUUUACUAAUGCAGCCCCCCAGCCAGCUCUGGUGCGGCGCCAGGCCAGACAUCAUAGAACAGGUGCCGCUCAGCACCAGGCUCCGUCCUGGUCCCUCCUGGGAGCCGCCAGUGCUGUCACUCACGAAUCUCUUUUACGGCAACAAAGUGUAGAAGUAGGUUUGAUACUCAUGAUAAAACAGUAUUAAAGGUCAGUAUUUUGCUUAUUUUUAGCAUUGGGAAAUAUUUUUGCUUUAGUGUGAGGAAGGUGGCGGCGGGCCAGGAGGCGAUGAAAAUCGCUAUUGCUGUGACGAGAAAAAACAAAGCUGGGGCAGUGUCUCUACAAAACAGCCAGCCUCCAAAGCCUGUCGCAGAAAACGUGUAGAGUUGAAGUAAGGCCACGACAUUGAGGAGAAAAUGUGAGGGCGUAUCAGGAAUAAAGGGAUAUUACAUAGGAAUAUUGUAUUUUUAUGAAUUUUAUGCCAGUUGUUUACAUGUACUAUCUAUGUAAAUAAAAAAGAUCAUGAAAAUAC